CCCGCUUGCCUUUCGGGGGUCUCCCCUCCUCUCCUCCACUUCGCCCGGGGAAGGUUGCUCUGGGCCGGGAGAGGCCGCUACGCGAGGCCGGGGAUCCGAGGAGACGACUAGGCCGCACACUCCCUCUUUCCCUCACGAUCGGGGGGUAUGCCAAGCGGAACAGAUGAGUUUUCAACGCUUUCUUAAAGACAUCUGGGGAAGGACUGAGACGGAGCUCUUCAGGGAGUCUAUUCCAAUAUGCUGGAGAGAUAGCUGUAAAUGCUCGUUGAUCCUUGAUGGGCAUUGUGGAACAAGGUGAACGGCCUUCUGCAUCAUCCGGGAUGUUCCUCCUACUAGUGCACACCACUGUUUGAUGCACACUGCUCUCAGCAGUAGGAAAGAGUCUCCAGCCCUGUCAAUCCACGAGCUUGGGAUUCUCAAUUGCCGGGCGCCCAGAUCUUCUUAAUCGUGUUGCCUCAAUUGAGAAGCUGAAGCCCUUAUUGUGGAAACCCCGGUUCCUUUUCCCCAGCAUGUCAGAGAGCUGGCAGCAGCAGCAGCCACCACAGCAGCAGCCGCCGCCCCCUCACCAUGCUGGGACAGCCACCCUGCCAGAGCACCCCAUCCCAUCGAGCGCCGUGGCGGAGAACCCCUUGGGCUGUGCCGUCUAUGGCAUCCUCCUCCAGCCGGAGCCCAGCAGCCUACAGCACCAUCCUCCCAUUUCCGCCAGCGGGGGUGAGCCCUCCCCCAAGUGCGGCGUGUGUGGGCAUGACUUGGCACACCUCUCCAAUCCCCAAGAGCACCAAUGCCUGCAGGGGGGCCACGACCGCUCCUUCCAGUGCACCCAGUGCCUGAAGAUCUUCCACCAGGCCACAGACCUCCUGGAGCACCAGUGCCUGCAAGUGGAGCAGAAGCCUUUCGUCUGUGGGGUCUGCAAGAUGGGCUUCUCCCUGCUCACCUCCCUGGCCCAGCACCACAAUGUCCACAACGGCAGUGCAGCUGUCAAGUGCUCCAUCUGUGAAAAGACUUACAAGGCAGCCACCGCUGUGUCCGCUGCCCCUGAGGAGCCUGCCCCACCUCAGCAACCAGCAGCGCUGAACCGGAUCCCUGUGGAGAAGCCCUACAGCUGCUCCAUCUGCCAGAAGCCCUUCAAACACCUCUCUGAGCUCUCGCGACAUGAGCGGGUGCACACGGGAGAGAAGCCGUACAAGUGCAGCUUGUGCGAGAAGAGCUUCAGCCAGUCCUCCCACCUGGUGCACCACAAGCGUACUCACAGCGCCGAGCGGCCCUACAAGUGUACUGUCUGCGAGAAGGCCUUCAAGCACCGCUCCCACCUGGUGCGCCACAUGUACGCCCACUCGGGGGAGGCACACCUCUUCCGCUGCAAUGUCUGCGAGCUGCACUUCAAGGAGUCUUCGGAGCUGCUCCAGCACCCCUGCACGCCCAGCGGGGAGCGGCCCUUCCGCUGUGGGGCCUGCCACAAGGCCUUCCGCCGGCCCUCUGACCUCCGCCAGCACGAGCGCACCCACAGCACUGAGCGACCCUUCCAGUGCGACCUCUGCCAGAUGAGCUUCAAGCAGCAAUAUGCCCUCAUGCGCCACCGCCGCACCCACAAGACGGUGGUCGCUGUGGGCGGUGUGGCUGGUGUGUCUGGUGCCACUACUACUGCUGCCACAGCCACAGCCGCUACUCCUUCUGGGGAGCCAGAGUUGCAGUCGGGCCCCUUCAAGUGCUCCCUGUGUGAGAAGGGCUUCGUCCAGCCGGCCCACCUCCUCUACCACCAGCAUGUCCAUGGAAUUGAGAACCUCUUCAAGUGCAACGCCUGCCAGAAGGGUUUCAGCCAGUCCUCGGAGCUGCUGCGCCACCGCUGCGUCCAGAGUGCCGAGCGCCCCUUCAAGUGUGCUGCCUGCAGCAAGGCCUACAAGCGGGCCUCUGCCCUCCAGAAGCACCAGCUGACCUCCCACUGUGCAGAGAAGCCCCUCAGGUGCACCCUCUGCGAGCGGCGCUUCUUCUCUUCCUCUGAGUUCGUCCAGCACCGCUGUGACCCGGCCCGCGAGCGGCCCCUCAAGUGCCCGGACUGCCAGAAGCGCUUCAAGUAUGCCUCAGACCUGCAGCGCCACCGGCGCGUCCACACCGGGGAGAAGCCAUACAAGUGCCCCUCGUGCGAGAAGGCCUUCAAACAGCGCGAGCACCUCAACAAGCACCAUGGUGUCCACACCCGGGAGCAGCACUACAAGUGCAUGUGGUGCGGGGAGCGCUUCCUGGAUCUGGGCCUCCUGCAGGAGCACAGUGCCCAACACACCUCCACCGAGGCCACUUACUCUGUGGCCCCCUGCCUGCCCUGAAUAGCUCCCACGUGGAUGAAAGGGUUGCACCAACCUGCAUGCCCAGCACCAACUGCCUCCCCAUGCCCUUGUAGGGCUGGCUUGAGCAUAGGUCAGGCUGCUAGCCUGGGUGGUGAGGACUGUCACCCUCUGAUGACAAGCCAAGGACAGAGUAGAUUGGUGUGGGCUGAGAAGGGGGGAAAGCAUGCAUGCCAGCCUGUGUCCUUGCACUCCUCUCUUCUUAAUUUGCAGCUUGGGAACUUGCAGCGACUUUAGCCUGCCUUGAUGUCCCAAGUGCCACGUCCAUCUCCCAGGUCUGACUGAAAUGAACGUCUCCGGCAGAACCUACCAGUCCAAUUCAAACCCUCCCUCAUCCCUGAUCUAGAAAUGUGGUUUCUGAAAAGAUUUUACCAUGUUUUUGGGUGGCAGCGGGGUGGCAUUUGCUCCUUGCAAACCAUGGAACAGGAUUAGGUUAGAGAGGUUUCUGUGAAGGAUGGACUUGGUUCCUCUGAAGACACACUGUACCCUGGGGAAAGGUCACUUGCCCACACAUGCUUAUGCUCUUCUGCCUGUUCUUUUCAUUUCAGCCAUGCAUUUGUGGGAAGUGGGCCAAGGGUUGCACCUGACGACCAUCUCCUUGGCUUCAGUUACACAGAACCAUCAGUGGUGGGCUCUCUGGCUUCCCUCGCUUCUAGAGUUCUGAGGAUGCCAUCCAAUCUGGUAGUGUGGAUGGGUCCACAGUACAAUAAUGAGAGACAGCCAGAAAGUCAUGGGAGGGGAGGGGGAAGACUCUGUUUCUCUAAAGCCAGAAUGUGCCCAAUUCCUACCCACAUGAGUAUACAGUAUAUCAUAGAGAGGUUUCCCUGUGUAAUUUCUGGGCAGCAACAACAAAUGGAAGAAGGAUCUUUUUUACAUGCAACUAAAGAGUUUGGACAUCAAGGUGAUUAAAACUCUGCUACAGGACCCUCCCUGGAACUGAUCUUUCAGAGCCCCCUUUGCUGUUGUGACCUUAAUGGCCAGCCAAAUGAAGCAGAGUUGGCAUAGCCAAGCCCCUGAAAAUGCCUUUCUUUGGGACCAUUCUGUGGGACUGGUGUGUCUCUGCAUGCGUGCGUGCAUAUUUAGUGCCCUUUAUAUUCAGCCCUGCAAACACUAUCAGACUGGGAGAUGGCGGAUGCAGCAAAGCCUCCAGGACAGCCAUAAAAAAGUUUAUGGUUUUACCUCUUUCUGGCUGUGGAACAGCAGCUUUCUCACCUGGAUCCAUCCUGCAGGCUGCACAGUGUUGUAAAAAGGGUGGAAAUGCCUCUCUGGGCAAGGUCUGUCCAGGGCUGGCUCCAAGCACAAGAGGGCGGCCGGAUGCGUUGUCGGUCUCCCCUCUUGUAGGACCUGCUCUCUUGGCCCUGGGCUGUUCAUGACACCUCAGAUGUAUAGAACUAACUUUUAUGGAGUUUGUCUUCAUUAUUUUUCAUAUCGCUUUUUUAAAAAGCAGUUUAAUAUUCAUUAAAUAUCUGUGUAGCCCAGA